UCCAAAGUGUCCUGUAUAAAUGAAACGGCUACGAGAAAUCUCUCGCUGACUCUGUCUCUCGCCACGAUCCAAACCCUAACGCGAACGACCGGAUCGACAGAUCGAGCGAGGCAGGGUCGGGAUGAUGGAGGCGCCGUCGCUGGAGCACCGGGUGCCGGCGGAGGAGCGGCACCGGAUCGAGCGGGUGGCGCGGUUCGUGGCGCGGGACCGGGACGGGGACCUGGCGGAGGCGCUGCUGCUGCGGCUGCUGCGGAUCACGCGCAACGGCCGGCGAUGGGGGUUCCUGGCCAACGACCACCCGCUCCACCCCUACUACCUCCAGCAGAAGGUCUCCGAGCAGUGCCGCAUCCUCCGCCCCCGCCACGCCGCCGACCGCUGAUCCUCCGCCCUCCUCCGUGCCGGGCGAUCGCUUGGCAUGCCGGCGCGCGCAUGCAUCUUGCCGUCUCUGCUCUGUUGUUAAUUUUUUCUUUCUUGUUUCGUCGUCGCAUCACAUUUUUUUUUGUAGGAUCGUAGUGUGUGAUUAAUGACGUGCCGUUGUUGUGAGAUCGGCUGAGGAUUCAAAGGAGGCAGCCGCGGAUUCUAAUAAGAAAUAAGAAACUGUAAUAGGCCAGAUGAUUUCUUUUUUGGAUAAGAUUGAUGAUUGAUUAUGUGCUUAACUGUUUCCGAAAAAAAAGUGUGCUAACUUCGACUGGCUCUCUAUGCUGGGAAAGGCUGGGAUAAUGUCAGUGGCCUGGGCUCCAAGCUUCACUGGGGUUUGCCUGAGCCCAGUUUCAAUUUUUUUUUUUAAUUUUUUUUGAGAUGCUGAAUUCUGUUUCUGCCUUUGCUAGUCCCCUUUUUGUCUUUGCAAAUUGGAUUAACAUGACAUAAUGCGGUUUAAUUUUUGUGUGUUCAAUUAUUAUGUUCUAUAAUACCUCCAACAUUGCUUGGUUGAGAUGCAUUUGCAGUCUUAC